AUGCUGGAGAAAUUGUUGGAAAUCGACGUCAUCAAAGAAAUCCUGGAGAAGGCGAAAAUAUUUACGAGGUUUAUUUACGGAAACCCUAACGCGCUCAAGUAUCUCAAGGAGAAAACGGACGGUCGUGGUUUAUUUCAGCAGUGUUCGAAGAUCAAGUCAACGCAGCCUUUCUUAACCCUCGAGAAUAUCGUCUUGGAGAAAAAAAUAUUGACCAAAAUGUUUCGCUCUCCCAUUUUCUUGGCAGACGAGGGUUGGGAAGAAGUAUUUGAUUUGGUGAGUGAUGAAUCUUUUUGGAAGGGGGCAUCGGAUGUACUCAAAGUAGCUAUACCUCUUGUGCGCGUAAUACAAUGGAUGACGGGGAAUUAUAAUAAGGAGCAAAUGGGAUAUAUAUACGAAACGAUGGAUCAAGCGAAGGAGACUAUUAAACAAGGGUUCAAAAAGAAUAAACCACAAUACACAAGGUUUUGGAAAGUGAUAGACGAGAUUUGGAACGGUGUACUCUACACCCCGAUUCACGCGGCGGGUUACUAUUUGAACCCGAAUAUUUUCUACACGGGUGAUAUGUUUAUCGACCCUGAAGUUGCAACAGGUUUGCUGUGUUGUGUUGUACGGACUACUCGGGAUCCGCGGGUCCAGGAUCGGGUCACUAUGCAUAUCGAGACGUACCAGAAUGCUAAGGGUGCGUUUGGCUUGGGAUGGCCGGAGGACCAGAGAUCGAAUACUUCUCCAGCAAAAUGGUGGUUGAAAUAUGGGGGUGAAUGUCGAGAGCUACAAAAGCUGAAUUUUGAAUCUGGUAAGGUGGGGUAUAUGGGACCCGAUGAAAUCGAACCGUUGGAUGAUUGGGUAGUUCAUAAAGGACCAAAUGAUGAGGCCCUAAACUCGGGAGGGCCGUCGAAUUUUCAUCGAAAAGUGGAGCGUGCAUUGCUUUCAAUAGGCCCAACUCCACGAUAUGCCGAUAUCACUUCUGGUUCUGCUCCGGAUGCUCUUGAGUCAAGCGACUUAACGAACGUAGUCCUAGUGGAUAUUUAUGAGGAUUAUGAUUAUGAUUUCCAUCUUUGA